AUGUCGUCCACGCGACGCGCGAUCGACGGCGCGCGAGGGGGGAUGUGCGGCGGACGCGUCACCGCGACGGCGACGCGAGGGCGACGAGUGACGCGCCCGGCGCGGUGGACGACGACGCGGGCGGAGAGCGAGGUUUUUCGAGCGUGGGAUCAGGCGACGAAGAGCGCGAUGCGGACCGAUCUGAAGAAGAUUAUGAUUCUCGGUGCGGGACCGAUCGUUAUCGGACAGGCGUGCGAGUUUGAUUACUCCGGUACCCAGGCGUGCAAGGCGCUGCGAAGCUUGGGAUACGACGUCGUCCUCGUGAACUCCAACCCGGCGACGAUCAUGACGGAUCCGGAGACUGCGUCUCGUACGUACGUUACUCCGAUGACUCCGGCGAGCGUCGAGCAAAUCAUCGCCAAGGAAAAGCCGGACGCUUUGUUGCCAACCAUGGGUGGCCAAACCGCGCUCAACUUGACAAAGGCGCUCGCCGAGUCGGGGAUCUUGGAGAAGCACAACGUUGAACUCAUCGGCGCUAAGCUCGAUGCGAUCAAUAAGGCUGAAGACCGUCAGCUUUUCAAGAAUGCCAUGGACAAAAUUGGCCUGAGCACGCCCAAGUCUGGCACGGCUGAGACGUGGGAGCAGGCGAAAGCCAUCGCCGCGGACAUCGGUACGCUCCCGCUCAUCAUUCGUCCGGCGUUCACUCUCGGUGGCUCCGGUGGUGGUAUCGCGUACAACAUGGAUGAAUUCGAAACGAUCGUCAAGGGUGGGCUCGAUGCGUCCGCGACGAGCCAAGUUUUGAUUGAGCAGUCUUUGCUCGGCUGGAAGGAGUACGAGCUCGAGGUGAUGCGCGACCUUGCCGACAACGUCGUCAUUGUGUGUUCAAUUGAAAACUUUGAUCCGAUGGGCGUGCACACUGGUGAUUCGAUCACCAUCGCACCGGCUCAAACGCUCACCGACAAGGAAUACCAGCGUCUUCGUGAUGCCUCGGUUGCCAUCAUCCGUGAGAUUGGCGUCGAGUGUGGUGGUUCCAACGUUCAGAUGGCUGUCAACCCGGUCGACGGCCAGGUCAUGAUCAUUGAAAUGAACCCGCGUGUGUCUCGCUCGUCUGCUCUUGCGUCCAAGGCGACCGGUUUCCCGAUCGCUAAGAUGGCCGCGAAGCUCGCUGUCGGUUGCACUCUCGACGGUAUCCCUAACGACAUCACACUCAAGACCCCGGCGUCUUUCGAGCCUUCCAUCGAUUAUGUCGUCACGAAGAUUCCUCGAUUCGCUUUCGAAAAGUUCCCGGGCGCGAAGCCCGUGCUUACGACACAGAUGAAGUCUGUCGGUGAGGCCAUGGCCAUGGGUCGCACUUGGCAAGAGUCUUUCCAAAAGGCGUUCCGUUCUCUCGAAACCGGCUUCGCCGGUUGGGGUCUCGGUAAGAAGGAUGGGUUCAUGCAAGGUGACGUUGCUGCGAUCAACGAGGGCCUACUCGUGCCGAACCCCGAGCGCAUUGUUGUCAUUCAUGAAGCGUUCCUCGCGGGUUUCACGGAGGAUCAGAUCAUCAAGGCAACGACGAUGGACCCAUGGUUCAUCCGACAGCUCGGUGAACUCUACCAGACCGAGUGCUGGCUCAAAUCGCUCAAGUCACUCGACGAUCUUUCCGAGAACGAUUGGUUCGAAGUUAAGAGGCGUGGCUACAGCGAUUCACAAAUUUCCAUGGCUUUCCCGGGCACGACUGAGUUGCAAGUUCGCAAGGAGCGCACGGCGAAGGGUUGCAAGCCCUCCAUGAAGCGCGUGGAUACGUGCGCGGCCGAAUUCGUUGCGGACACUCCGUAUAUGUAUUCCUCGUACGACGGCUUCGACGAAUCUGAACCGACGGACAACAAGAAAAUCCUCAUUCUGGGUGGUGGUCCGAACCGCAUCGGUCAAGGUAUUGAGUUCGACUACUGCUGCUGCCAUGCCGCGUUCGCCCUCGCGGACGCUGGUUACGAAACCAUCAUGCUCAACAGUAACCCGGAGACUGUGUCUACCGACUACGAUACCUCUGAUCGCCUGUACUUCGAACCGCUGACGGUUGAAGAUGUCUUGAAUGUGUGCGAAGUUGAGCGUCCGGAGGGCAUCAUCGUUCAGUUCGGUGGCCAAACUCCUUUGAGCCUCGCGACAAGGCUUGAAGCUGCCCUCAAGGAGAACCCGAUUCCGGCGGCGUCCGGCAACGGUUUUACACAGAUUUUGGGUACCCCUCCGGACUCAAUCGAUGCUGCAGAAGAUCGCGAGCGCUGGAUCGAUAUUUUGGAAGAACUCAACAUUCUUCAACCGCCGGGAGGUGUUGCGAGAUCUGAGGAAGAAGCGUUGAAGAUUGCUGAAAAACUUACCUACCCUGUCAUGGUUCGUCCGUCUUACGUCCUCGGUGGGCGCGCCAUGGAGAUCGUUGGCUCUAACGCCGACUUGAAGCGUUACAUCAAGACUGCCGUCGAAGUCGACGAAGAUCGCCCGGUGCUUGUCGAUAAGUACCUCCAAAACGCGACCGAGAUCGAUUGCGAUGCAUUGUGCGAUAAGGAUGGCAACGUUGUCAUCGGUGGUAUCAUGGAACACAUUGAGCAAGCGGGAGUGCACUCUGGUGACUCUGCGUGCUCCUUACCAACGCAAACUAUCCCUGAAUCUGCCCUUGCUACCAUUCGUGAAUGGACCCCGAAGCUCGCGAAACGACUCGGUGUCAUCGGUCUCAUCAACAUUCAGUACGCUGUGACCCCGGAGGGUACGCCGUACAUCAUUGAGGCGAACCCGCGUGCUUCUCGUACUGUGCCGUUCGUGGCGAAGGCGAUUGGUCAUCCGUUGGCUAAGUACGCGUCGUUGGUGAUGGCUGGAAAGACGCUCAAGGAAAUCGGCUUCACGGAAGAAGUCAAAUUGAACCACGUCGCCGUGAAGGAAGCGGUCCUUCCGUUCGACAAGUUCCCGGGUGCGGACACUUUGCUUGGUCCGGAGAUGAGAAGUACUGGUGAGGUGAUGGGCAUUGAUCGUGACUUCAGCCGUGCUUAUUGCAAGGCCCAGCUCGCUGCGGGACAGCGACUGCCCACCUCCGGCAAGGUCUUCAUUUCCGUGCGCGAUUCUGACAAGGACGCCAUAGUUGACAUAGCUCGUGACUUCGUCAGCAUGAACUACACGGUCGUGUCGACCGGUGGUACGGCGACUCACUUAGAAAAGGCUGGUGUUGCUGUCACUAAGGUGCUCAAGUUGCACGAAGGCCGACCGAACGUCUCCGACAUGAUUCGUGAUGGUGAAAUUGGUAUGAUGGUGGUUACCUCGUCUGGUGACGCCCAAGAUUUGGUGGAUGGCCGCAAGAUCCGUCGCGAGGCGGUUGGCCUGAAGGUGCCGCUUGUCACGACCAUUGCCGGCGCGAAGGCCACGGCCGGUGCGGUUCGCGUCUUGCAGAAGGGUGACCUCAAAAUGGACGCGCUGCAAGACUUUUUCUAG